AGAAGUGUCGAAGCGAAAACCUGUGGCGAAAACAGAAAAGCCGAAAAGCCCUUCUCAGUGUUUACCGGACGAUCCUUGCCGUUCUGCAUCUUACCGAGUUCUCGACUCGGCGCACCAAGAGAGUGGAGUACGUGCGUGGUCCGUGGAAAGCCAAACAAACCAAACGUCAAACAGAGCAUAAACAAGCGCACACAUACACAGGCACGAGGCGAGAGAGCGCGGUACACGAUCAGAGGCAGGCUCUACGAUCAGAGGCAGCGGAGGUUGGCGAUCGUGCGCGAUCCCGCACGGUUUUCCCGUGGUUCCCGUGGGUCUCUCUAUUCACGGUCUGAGAAGGUGACAGAAGAUGUGUUCCCGCAAUUUAGUGAUUUCGUUGGCAUUGAUUAUCGCACUGGUACCACUGUCAACCGUAGCCUUACCUCACCACAGCAUCGCGAAGCGCAGCUCCUUCUUCGACAUCGAGUGUAAGGGACAGUUCAACAAACAGAUCUUCUACCGGCUGGAUCGAAUAUGCGAAGACUGCUACUCGCUGUUCCGGGAACCCCAGAUACUGUCCUUCUGCAAGAAGCAAUGCUUCACGACAGACUACUUCAAAGGCUGCAUAGACGCGUUACAGCGAACGGACGAGAUCGAAAACUACAAACACCUGAUUAAGGUCCUGAACGGAGCGGAUCCCAACACGUUAUAAGGGCUGCGCGUCGCGCUGAUGCUGCGUGUACUAGAGCCGCUGUUGUGCCACAAUACUACACCCCCCCAUCACAAGUAUUUGAGAGAAGAGGCCCCGUGACAGGGGGGGCCACGACAAGAAGAAGAAGAGCGAAACGGAAGUCGGCCGCGCCGGAGUCAGUGUGCCGGGGGAUGCGUGCGAAUUGAUGGCCGUACAAAAUGAACGAGACCAGCACCGAAGCGAAGCUACGGCAGCAAGCGAACGAGAGACCGAUCGAUGGGGCAGCCAGCGGGGAGCGCCAUGCUUCGCCGCUGCUUGCCCGUACCCGUCGCACAAAGCAGAAGGAGGGCCGUACCGAGUGGGACGAGCGAUCGGCACCAGUACCAAAUAUGCACCACCAACACCAUACCGUUUAUUUAUGUUUCUUCAUGCAUUUGAGUUCUCUCUUGAAUUGAUGGGAGGGCUGUUUUGGGACGGACUACUUUUUGGCGUGCGUCGAGGCACUGUUCCUUGAGGAGGAGAAAGAAAAGUUCAUGAAAUGGCGCGAGAUGCUGGGUAAGAAGUAAGGGACCAUCCGG